AUGAAGAGGACCUCCCAGGGCCAAACGCACCUCCUCCCUCCUCAGCGCGGCGGCAGCGCCGCUGCCACGACCCCGCUCAGCACCGCCAGCCUCGUGCUCACGCUCCUCAUCCUAGCCCUCCCGAUCUGCAAAAGUGCUCCAGCACAACUCCAACAUCCCACCACAGAUCAGCAUCGGCUCCUCAGUCAGAUCGACGACGUGUGUGCAUCCUACCUCUCUGCAGACCUGCCAUUUCCAGCAUCUGGUGACUUAGGGAAACUCUGUGUGUUGAUGCUUGUUCAGAAGUCAAAGGAGCUGAGAGUGAGAGAAAAUAGGAAAAGGACUUCUGCUGUGUUGCACCCUCUCCUGCAGCUAGUUCCUCAGCUCCGUACCAGAAGAGAGAGAAGAGUCUCAGUGCGCGAUGACCUUCAGGGACCUGGGGGAAUCCAGAGCAGAGGGUACUUCUUAUAUCGGCCAAGAAAUGGACGACGAUCCCUAGAUUAUGAGUGAAUGAGAGACUCUCAACUUACCGUACAGAGAUGACAUCGAGCAUGAGACCUGAACCACUGCACAAACAAUGGCUGAUACACACGUCAGCCACUGCCCCUGUCACUGUUGUAGUAAUGUCUGAAUGUACACCAAGAACAAUAUCGAAUUACUGUUUGUCUGUUUAUUCAGAUUUCCUUUUUGUG